AUGAGCUUUGACGGCCGCAGCAGCGAGAUGGCCACGGUCGACGUGCUCGUGGUUGGAGCUGGCCCAGUCGGCAUUACGGCAGCCAUCGCACUCGCGGAGAAGGGCGUGCACGUUCGGAUUGUUGAUAGCAACCUUGCGCCUGUUAUCCUUACCAAGGCGUCGGGCACGCAGGCGCGGACCCUCGAGCAGCUCCCGGAACGUGUCGUUGCUGCCAUGCAGGCUGGCUCCGUGACGGCCUUGAUGGCGCGGGUCUGGGAGAAUACCGACCAGGGCAAAGCUGCUGUGCUGAGCAUUGACAUGCGCGGCAGGACGGACACCUUUGAGGGAGUCCUGGCCCAAGAGCAGUGGCGGACAGAAAAGGUGCUGAGUGAGUAUUUUGAGACUUUGCCGGGCGUGCGUGGCCGGAUGAAGAUUGAGCGCGGCACCAAGCUCGUCUCAUUUGAGGCAGACGACCUGGGGGUGACUUGCGAGCUUGACACGCCAGCGGGUAAGCAGAUGCUCGCCUGCGGAUGGCUGUUGGCGGCGGACGGUGGGAGGAGCACCAUUCGCAAGGCCCUCGGGUUGUCCUUUGACGGCGAGACCAUGGACGAGAACUUCCUCGCCCUCCAUGCCACAUUUGACGGCCUCGGCGAGUGUUGCUGGAGCGACGGCAUCCACACGACCGAAGUUGGCCUGAGCAAGGGCAGCGGCAUGGCGCCCGGCCUCUUCUUUUCCAUGCCUAUGCCGGAGGACUCGCCCCGGGCGCAGCUAUUAAUCGUUGACCUGGACGAGGCGCAGUCGGCGAGCUUCCUGACCGGCGAGGCGGACUCUCAUGGCCGCCCGCUCCUACGGCCGCCACGCGACGACGAGGUCGCAGAGAUAGCGCGCGUCCGCGGCUUUGGCACGUCUGAGCUACGGGUCGUCCCCGGCUCCGUCAAGUGGUGCACCGGAUUCAAGGUAAACUCGCGGCUGGUCGAGCAUUAUCGCUCGGACCGCGUCUUUCUCUGUGGCGACGCAUGCCACUGUCACUCCCCACUCGGCGGUCAGGGGAUGAACAUGGGCAUGCAGGACGCGCUCAACCUCGCCUGGAAGCUUGCCAUGGUGGUGCGGGGGCAGGCAAGGAUCGACGGCCCUCUGCUCGACACGUACGAGGCGGAGCGACGUGGCACCGACGAGCGCAUCUGCAGGGCCAUCGAGCGUGCCGCGCACGGCGCCGCUAGCCGUAACCCGCUAGUCUUCUUCAUUCGCGGCAGCUUGCAGCGCCUCGCUGGCAUGCUCCCGGCGCUGCAUGGCACCGCGGUGCGAGCGGUUGCGAUGCAGAUCCACUCCUACCGUGACUGCGCACUGAGCAGAGAGCACUGGGAGCGGCCGCCGGCCUUCCCACCGCUGCCAGUCUCGAGGAUCUUCCCAGCCGGGGGCUAUAGGCGGCGGCAGAACCUGUAUCGGUGGGUCGGUCACCGGAUUCGUGCCGGCGAUCGACUGCCAAACUUUGACCUCCCUGGUGCACAGCAAGGCCUUCCUGCGCGCCGGCUCUAUCCUUACAAUCACGGAUGGAUGCUGUUGCUCUGCGAGGGGUACGCUCACGAAAACGCCGACCUCGCGCGCAACCUCAGCUCAGUCAAAAUACUCUCAGCAGCGGAGCUCAACGCCCUGGGCAAGGAAAUCAAGUCGUACAGCCGUGGGGUGAUUGAGACGGUCGUCACGCUGCCAGCCUCGCACCCUGCCCUCGAGGUCCUCGGUGUGCAGGCCCAGUGCCUCAUGCUCGUGCGGCCGGACUCGCACGUCGCGCUGCGCUCCGAGCCGGCGCGCUUGGGGUCGGUCCUGCGCUACCUUGAGAGCGCUGUCGGGGUGAAGGGACUGUCGUGGGACAGGGCUGGGUGUCCGCCCUCGUCACCCCGCUUUGAUUACCUGCCCGUGGUCGUGUGGGCCAGUGUCGCUGCCGCUGCGGUUGCGAUCCAGCUCCGAAGGUGGCCGAGGUAG